AUGUCUCCAUUUUUGCGCCUCGCUGCGCUUCUUGGUUUCUACAGCCUCGACAUUUUCGAUUUAUAUGUAAAAGUUGUUUGGAUCGGACCACCGGACUCGUUCUCGUUCUAUGUGGAUCGUGAACUCGGUUUCGAUCAUGAGGCUCUCCCGAAACCGGUAUUUUCAAACCCAAAUGAGUCUAAUUCCGAAAAAAAUUCAAACUUCUAUCGAGUAUCUGGUUGGACAUCACUUUACCAGCGAUGCAGAGACUUGUACGCGCCCAUAAACAGCAGGGCGUUUGACGUGGUUAUGGGAACUGAUUGCGAUCUUGGAUCACUUUCAUCGACUAAGUCCCAAAUUUCUCACAACUUGAUUCUCUCUGCAAGUUCAAGUGUUGAUUCAGUAGCGUGGGUAAGCUGCCAGCUUCUAUUUUUUCACCGAAGACCACCUAUUUGCCAAGAAAACCUCGUCACAUUUUUCGCCCAGCGGUAUCGACUGACGGAGGCUGAAGUGGAUCCUGAUAAUAUGGCUCCAAUUCACUCAAUAGCUGAAGCUGAGCUUCUGAGAUUGCUCAAUCUUCUCAGUAACAGCCACCCGCUAACAAAUGUAAUUUGUGCGCAAGGAUUUGAAUACACUGCGGGGCCAGGACAUUAUCAUGCCUCUGUCUUUGUCUGCAACAGCCCCAACGGAUUUGAGAGUUCAUUUAUUGGCGCGUCUUUGACAACUUUUGCCGAGUUACAUGACAAUUUAGCGCACUUAGCGGUCAGCAAGGUGGAUAUUAUGGGAUUCGAGUUAAUCUCACGGAAAAACUCUCGUUCACAUUUUAUAUUGCAAGAAAAAGCUGGCGACGUCAUCGUCAAAGAGCGAAACAAUACAAACUUCUCCACUUUUGGACAUCUCUACGUCAUUUUAAUCCUUGUGGAUGUCACGCUGCUCAUCGCGCACAUACGUGCAGCAUUCGAGGCGGCUCGUAUGUUUGGGUGGAAAUCUCUUCUUGGAUUCCAGAAAAUCAGUGACAAUGAAAGAGAUGUACUCAGAACUUCAAGGUGGUUGCAAUUAUAUCGUUCGUUGUAUCGCAGCGAGUAUAUCAUAGGACUGACAAUUGUAUCGGCUUUGGAUUCGUGGCUCGUGAAUCUCCCGUUCGAUUUUAUGUGGUGCACAGAUCAUCGAGGAAAAGCUUACGCAAUUGUUUCUACCAUUCGAAUUUCGAUGCUUGUGAUCAGUUUGCUCAAUUUAAUCUGGAGUGCAUUCGUGCGUAUUUCUGAAGCUCGAGCAUAUAGAAUUGUGAAAUACACUUAUGUCAGUCCACUUGAGAUACUGCUAGCUUUGGGUUUCAUAGCGACCCUCCAAACGCCCACUUUAUUUAAUGGGUCGAUUGCCCGACGACAACUUGAAGACCAGCACGGAGUCGAUAACGAAUCAUUUUACGGCUGGUCUGCGCUUUGGAACUCAUAUGAUGAGGAAAUUGACAGGUUUUGUUCGACUUCACCAUAUACGAUAGGAAAGCUACUUGCUCCGCUAUCACUUCUGAUUACACAGACUCUAGCGCUGAUUUUUGUGCUGCUUGUGGGAAAGUUUAUGUAUUUUUCUCGACUGCGGGAUCGUCAACAUAAUGUGAAUGCCAGUGAAUUUUCAGUCAUCGAGUCUGACGACAUUGACAAACACUUGGAAGGCUACUCAGUCGAGCGUUACGCCUCUUCCACACCUCUUAUGACUCGACACUCUACAGAGUCGUACCAUCGGCUGCCGCUUGAAGACCUGAUGCGCACUCCAGCUCGAGCUAACAGCUUGGUGCGUUGCUGCUUCGAUCUAGACAUGGUUGAGGCGGACGGACUCACGUACAUGCUACCGCAUGUUUACUUUGAUUUCGGUAUUGUCAUAAGUGAUGCUGGAUAUUUGCGUUCCCGACGCAGAUUUAACACAGUGCUUCGUCGCCGUCUUGAUAUUGAAAAGUUUGUUGUUCCUCAAUAUAGCUCGUCGUCAAUCAUUCCAUCCCCUUUAAAACGUCAGCGUAUCGAAUUUGAAAAAGCAGUCAAACGGGCAAAGUUUGCUCUGAACAAUGAAGCAACUCAUGUGGAGGCUUUGAUCAACAGCAUAAUAACUCCUCUACAAACCCAACAAGAGCAGAAAUCGAUGGCAACCUCAAAAUAUAUGCGUCGACGAAAAAGUAUGGAUGAGCUACUAAUAGGCGCAUCACCAACGUCUGAUGUCAUUACCUAG